CAUCACAAGUGAGCUGGAGAGGAUUUCGCGAACGGGAGUAGCGUGCAGCUCGCAACUGGCAGCCAGCUUUCAUUCUGUUGCGCGCUGAAAUUUCCAUUCGCGUAUAAAACCCAUAACGUGGCCUAUAAUUUUUUUGUGAACUCGGAACCUGUCGCAGAUUGCAAUGAUGUAUUCUUGUUGGGGAGUAAGAUUGUCGGCAAUUCAACGUUUUAACUCAAACGGAGGUAUGCAAAUACAAGUUACAGGAAUGAGGCUAAAAGGAGACAUUACCUGCGCAUUACAUAAUCAUCGCAAGUUGUCUUGCAACCGACAGCUUUAUGAAGAUUUUGGUGAAAACCAUCCGCGGUUGCUUGGCUUUCGUGUAGGGGGUCGAAUCAAGGAGAAUACCCCCCUGAGCUUCAAGAGUUGGGGAUCCAAGCGCUUUAUUCAAGCGGCGCCUUUGGGACAGUUGACAGAGGGCACACGGCGGAGUACCCCGUGUGUUUCGCUCGCCACAAGUGCUCAAAGUAGUCAUCAUCGUAACCGCCACAACACAGGGUCUCACCUUUUUUGGGAGACGGCGAGCGACACUCAUACCAGGAGGCUCCAGAGUCUGGGUGUCGUUGGACCAGUCUUGCUGACGUCUGGAGCCGGACGCUUUCGUCUUUUAUUCCCUGCGACUGGUGUGCAGACGAGGGCUUCGUCAACCGCUGCCGCGCAGAAACGCGAAACAGUACCAGAGGACACAGCUGCAGACCUCAAAGCGGACCAGCCCCAGGGCGGGGUCCCAGGGAAGGGCCCCGGAGGGCCCGAGGGGCCCGAGCCGGAGGAGCCGAAGCCGAACAAGACCCAGCAGCUGAAGAAGGUCUUCAAGGAGUACGGGGCCGUGGGGGUCUCCUUCCACGUCGGCAUCUCCCUCCUGUCCCUGGGAAUGUGCUACCUGGCCAUCUCCAGUGGGAUCGACAUGGCCGCCAUCCUCUUUAAGCUGGGCUUCAGUGAAUCGGUGGUGCGGUCCAAGAUGGCCGCCGGGACCAGCACGUUCGUCCUGGCCUACGCCGUGCACAAGCUCUUCGCUCCCGUGAGGAUCAGCAUCACCCUGGUGUCCGUGCCCCUCAUCGUGCGCUACUUCAGGAAGACCGGCCUCUUCAAACCCCCUGCGACCCCGCCCUGAGGAGCCACACACCCCCCCCCCCAUCCCACCCACAGAACCACCCGUCUGAGUUAGGGGCAGGACAUGUGGGAAGCUGAGCGGCCUGCUAACGUUUCACUCUUUUACGGACUCCUCCCUGCAAUGGACUCAUCUUUCUUGUUUCUCCUUGACGACAGGCUCAUUCUUUGUGGGUUUUCUCUAUCGGUAGAGGCUACGCGGUGCUGUACUUGAAACGUUUUCGCAGUCACUUUGCAUUGUCAGCAGAAUUGUUGCGAUUGAACUCACUACGACAGGAACUGCGCUGUUAACGGCAGUAUUACUGCGGUAGCAACAUCUGUAAACCAACGUACAUAGACAAGGACAGGAUGGCUUCUGGUCUGCGUUAUAAAAAAUGACUACCUACGUUCGUGUUAUCAAUCAUGGGAAGUGAGGAAAGUGACAAAGUGACUUUUUUUCAGCAAUAAUGAAUUCAUGCUCUUAAGAUGCUGAGGUGUUUUGUCUUUGUGAACUGCUUGACAAGCCGGUCAUGUGACUUGGCUCUUACAGGAGCUCUGUAGAGUCUGGAAGGAGACUUAAAACUGACUUUGUGGUUAACCGUUUUUUGUUAACCGUCUUUUUAUCUCACUGGGCUAUGGACCAGAAUAAAUAUUCAGGUUGAAUUUC